AUGACUGGAAACAUGUUCAUCAUUGCUCUAGUUAUGGCUGAUCAGCACCUUCACACCUCCAUGUACUUCUUCCUGGGAAACUUGGCCUGCUUGGAGACCUGCUACACCUUCCCCAUCCUGCCCAGGCUGCUGGCCAGUCUUCUGAUGGGGGACAGAACCAUCUCUUUCAUGGGCUGAUUACAAAUGUAUUUUUUUGGUUCUUUGGCAGCUGCAGAAUGUUACCUCCUCACAGCAAUGUGUUAUGAUCGGUAUCUGGCAAUAUGUAAACCACUGCAUUAUGCAACCUUUAUGACAGCCCGGUUCUGCCUUCAGCUCACAGCUGGGUCUUGGAUAAGUGCAUUUCUGGCUAUUAGCAUAAUAGUAUCAUUCAUGUCACAGUUAACUUUCUGUGGCCCCAAUGAAAUUGACCAUUUCUUUUGUGAGCUCACCCCAGUGGUAAAACUCUCCUGCAGUGACACCAACGUGGUAGAAUUUGUAGCAUUCCUAUUUACCUCCAUUUUCACUCUGCCCUCAUUUCUAUUAACCAUUAUCUCUUAUGUUAUUAUUAUAGCCACCAUUUUGAGACUCUCUUCCAUCACUGGAAAGCAAAAGGCAUUUUCCACCUGCUCCUUUCACCUCAUAGCUGUUACAAUGUUCUGUGGGACAAUAAUGAUUGUCUAUGUGUUACCAAAAAACAACACACAUAGAGAUUUAAACAAAUUGUUUUCUGUCUUCUACACUGUCUUAACUCCUAUGGUCAAUCCCCUUAUAUAUAGCCUGAGGUGUCUCCUGAAUGCGGCAGAACAACUGUUCAGCAGCGCGUGGGAGGCACAGGAAAGGAGGGGGAGGUGUGCGGACAAGGUGCACUUGGGGGAUGGGGUGGAAAUAGGCAGGCUGUAUAUGAGAGGAUUUAUCAAGGAAGUAAAGACCUUGUAG